UCUUGCAGCUCUGACGGUACAAUGAUAUAGUAAUGAUGGGUGUUGGAGCUCGCAUUUGAACUUGCAGGCAAGCUGUCUUGCUCCUUCUUUUGCUAGAACUCAGUUCAGACUCAACAGCUUGGAAUCAGGUGCUCAUCAGUGGGGAGGGCUGGAGACCCCGGAAUCAGCAUCUCCUUCCAGCACUAACCAGGGGAUUUACUCUUUCAUGCGGCCACUGGGAACUCUGGACUAGUCCUAGCACUACGUUGUGAUUUUUUGCAGUCUCUGCAAUAAACUACCUUUUAAGGUCAAGAUGUUAUUAAAUAUAAAAAGUGUCUUAUGGAUGUGCUCUACCUUAGUUGUAACAUAUGCACUGCAUAAAGUUAAAGUGGAAAAAAGCCCUCCUGUAAAGGGUUCCCUUUCUGGAAGAGCAACCCUACCUUGCUUCUUUUCAACCUUGCCUACUUUACCCCCCAGCUACAACAAUACAAGUGAAUUUCUUCGAAUCAAAUGGUCAAAGGUUGAACAGGAUAAAACCGGAAAAGAUGUGAAAGAAACCACUGUUCUGGUGGCCCAAAAUGGGAACAUCAAAAUAGGGCAAGGCUACAAAGGCAGAGUGUCUGUUCCAACCCACCCGGAGGAUAUUGGAGAUGCUUCGCUGACUAUGGUUAAACUACGUGCAAGCGAUGCGGGUGUGUACCGCUGUGAUGUCAUGUAUGGAAUUGAAGACACCCAAGAUGUCAUCGCAUUGGCUGUUGAUGGUGUUGUGUUUCACUAUCGUGCUGCAACCAGUAGAUAUACGCUGAAUUUUCAACAUGCUCAGCAGGCUUGUUUGAACAAUGGUGCUGUCAUAGCAAACCCUGAUCAGCUGAAAGCUGCAUAUGAAGAUGGAUUUGAGCAAUGCGAUGCUGGUUGGUUGUCUGACCAAACUGUUAGAUAUCCAAUCAGGCAACCCAGAGUUGGCUGCUAUGGAGAUAAAAUGGGAAAGGAAGGAGUUAGAACAUAUGGAUUCCGUCUUCCCAAUGAAACUUAUGAUGUAUAUUGCUACGUGGAUCACCUGGAAGGUGAUGUGUUCCAUGUGACACUGCCCAACAAGCUAACCUUUGAAGAAGCUAAGAAGCAGUGUGUGAAAAGGGAUGCAGUUCUUGCUACAGUUGGGGACCUGCAUGCUGCCUGGAGGAAUGGCUUUGACCAAUGUGACUAUGGCUGGGUGGCUGAUGGCAGCGUUCGUUAUCCUGUAUCUGUGGCUAGAAUCCAGUGUGGAGGAGGUUUACUUGGGGUGAGAACCCUGUAUCGCUAUGAGAACCAAACAGGCUUCCCCUACCCACAUAGCAAGUUUGAUGCCUACUGCUUUAAACGUAAACAAAAUAUAUCAGAGUCUGCAUCUGUUGAGCUGGACAUUCCUAUGGAAAGUGGGCCAGCCAAUCCGUUAACAGAACUAAAACCAAUACCUGGCAUAGCUACUCUUAAACCCGAUAUCUCUGAUAGUUUAAUCACUGAAUCAGUUGUCACCAAAACAAAGAUCCCAUCUUUGGAAAAAGUGAUCCUGGAAAGCAAAAAGGAAGAUCCAAUACUAACUACCAGAGGGGGUGAGAAAAAAGAAGAGAAGAUGCCUAAGGAGAACAUUAAGUUAACCACUAUUCUACCUCAGAUUGUCACAGAUGGCAAAGUAGAUACUUCUGAAUCAUUGGACAUGACUAAAGCUGAUGCUACACCUAGGCUAGCAGUGAGUACACCUAUACAAAAGGAGUUGGAGCACACUUAUUCUGCAGCAGAAUUAUCUAAGAAAUCAGAUAUGUCUAAAAUCAGAGAGGAAGUUUAUUUGUCCUCAAUCAUUUCAGAACAUAGAGCAGCUACAAGUGCGAUUCCCACAUCACUUCCAAUCACAGAUUCAUGGGAAGAUGUUGAAAUUGAAAAUACACAAACUGUUGAAAGUCAGAUUGAACAAAUAGAGGUGGGCCCAAUGAGAACAUUGGCAAAUGCCUCAGUGCAAACCCCUGUGAGAGAGUUUGCUGAAAUAGAAGGGUCAAUCAUCUUAGAAAAAACUAGAGAGACAGAAUUGAGAACAAUUGAUGUUACAGCCCCCUAUAUCACAGCAGUUAUUCCUGACUCUGAUAAGGACAAAACAGACCCUAAGGGACAUGUUGCUAGUGAGAAAUUCACACUUGCUCCUCAAGUUUCAAGCACUCCACUACCUACUGAUAAAAAUCAGGAAAAUGUGACAGAAGAUUUGCUUCAUUAUGUGAAAACAUAUGGAGCUUUAAGAACAGGAGAUGGUAUCUCUGGAAUGGAAAUUUCUACAGCUUCUCCAGGGCAAAUUUAUAUUGUAGAACAUACAAAGCACCCUGAAGCAGCAAUUUCAACAGCAAAAGAUAAAACUAAGAUAAGUGUUGAGCCAACAGAAACAAAAACUGAUGAAGAACUUAAAGCUAUAUCAGCUGAUAUAGAUCGGGGUAAAGAUAUUACAAGUGUCUACCCCACUCGCAGAGCUAUAGAACUGGAAGUGAUCACAGUAUCAAAAAUAUCGCUGGAUGAAAGCAAUGCAACAAUAAAGCCCUUUCUGCCAUCGGUGCCAGCAUCAAAAGCUACAAAAUUACCAACUGCCAGGCCCCCUGUCAAGGAAGUGAGUGACAAAGUACAACCGACAGAAGGUUUUACAGAACAUGCAGAUGUUGUUUCAAGGUAUCAUGAUACUAUGAGAACAUUUGCUCCUACACCAGAAAUGAAACCAGAAGAGACCACUGAAAAAGCACUAUUUACUGAAGACCUUACAUUUACAGAUAAAGAGGUCACAAAAUAUGCAGUCAGGGAGGGUGGCCAGAUAAGUAGUGGAACAAUCAUUAAAGAAGAAUCAUCUGCAAUGACAUCCACUACUGUAAAAGCAUAUGAAAAAAAGGUUGUACCUAGUGCAGGAACAGGAGGGCAACAAGAUGAUUUGACUGAGGAAGGAAGUACUAUCGAGCAGGACCAAGAUCUAGGAAUCUCCAGAGCAAUAACUACAAUUCACCCACAUGUGGAAACUCAAGAUAAAGAAGGAACAGUAUUUCAAAAGGAACACUCUACCAAAGGUGAAGCUAUGGUACAAAUGGUUACUGCCACGGAGUCCACAGCAUCCAUUUCUAAAAUGGAUGUGACAUCUACUCAAGUACACGUGGAAACAGAUGAUCAGGAAGUUGUAUCUAAAUCUGAAUCUGCUCAGGCAACUAUUACUGAAAGACAAGAUGUGAUCCAAAUUACUGAAGAAACAGUGGAAGGAAAACCAUAUGGAAUUACUAUAGAGCAACUGGUUACUGCCACUGAUUCUACUGCAACUACUUCUAAGGUGCCUGUGACAUUUGUUCAAAUAUAUGAACAAAAGACAACUUUAGAACCUGAAUUGGCUCACACAGCUAUUACUGAAGGGCAGGACGUGGACAUAAUUACUGAAGGAUCAGCGUAUGAUGAAAUACGUACAACUACAGAAGUUUUCGUGCCUGGUAUAAAUAUAAGUGAUUAUGAAAAAGUUCUAGCAUCCGGUGAAACAACCACUGGGACCAGACAGCUUGUACUGUCUCCAAAAGUUGAUGCUGUUACUGAACACAAAGUAAAGACCACUGAAUUUAUGGCAGUACCACCAAUCACUGAAACUGAAGUAAAUGAAGGUGGAGUACCACGCAUCAAAAAAGAAAAUGAAACAGAAGACAGCAGUGUGGUGAGUUGGGAAUCUGAGUUACCUUCACAUACAGUGCCUACAAGUCCUUCUGCACCAGAAGGUAUUACUCAUCAGAUUGAGAAAUCUACUUCUGUGAAAAAAGUGGAAAAUUUUACAACCCAUAGUCUGGAAGGUUCAGGAAUAUUGGAGGAACCUAAAGGAACAGAACCAAUUAUAUUUUCAACUAUUGGAACAGAUAAAACAACAGUUCUAAGUGCAGUAGACAAAAUCCAACCAACUUCAACUACCAAGUCCUUUGUUACUAAAACGCCGCGACCUAAAAUUGACAGGGAAGAUGAGGAGGAAACAAGCAUAGACAUGGUAAUAAUUGAUGAAUCUAUUUCUCCCAGUAAAACCACUACUGAUGAUGGUCUGACAGGCAAGACAGUGGAACCAGAAAUUGAUAAAGAAUAUUUCACAUCAUCAAGUGCCACUGCAGUUGCACGACCUACCAGACCACCCAAAGUUGAGGAAACCACAGAGGUUUUAGAACCUCAGGAAGUGUCUCCCUCUAUUCCAGUUCUUGAAACAGACAUGAAAAAUAUAUCUGACAUAACAGUGGUUUUUAUUGCCAUUACAGGCAAUGAUACAGAUCUAUUGCAUGGACUUGAUUACAAAAUACAUCCACACACAAUAGAUGAAUCCUUCAUAGAUGCAGACUCACUACAGGCUGAACCUUGUACCUCAGGCCCUGAGCAAGAGUCUUCUGAGUACCCUAUUGAAAUCUUAAUGGAACCUUUAUUUCCAAUUUUUGACCCUGAAGAAGAUGAAGAUUGUGAAAAUACUACUGAUGUUACAACUCCUCCAGCAUUGCAGUUCAUCAAUGGAAAGAAACAGGUGACCAGUGCACCUAAAGAUACAAAAGCUGAAGAAGCAAGAAGUGACCAAAUUGAAAGUGUUACACGUUCCAAAAAUGUCAAAUUUUCACAAGUCAAUGAAGCUAACACCAUAGUAUCUGAAAAUGAGACCUCUGGUACAAUGCAAACAGGUGUAUCUAGAGAAAUAAAAGGGGCAUUUGAAGUUACACAACAACCUACAGCAAAUGUUGCAAUGUUGGAACCUGUUUUAAGUAGUGAAUUGGAAGUUGCCACUACAGAUAAAUCUGAGGUAACGUCUGUAUAUGGGCAAUCUUCAUCAGAAACUUUAGAGACCUUAAAACAUAAUGGAACUGAAUUUCAGCGAAGCUCAACUAAAGACCCCAAAACCUUGCCUUUGAUAACUAUAGAAUCUUCUGGAGAUGCUGCCAUUGACCCUGAGUUCCCUGGUCUUGUCUUUUCAGAAACGGGGAAAACAACAAUAAAAGAACAUGCAGAAAAGAGUUCUGCUGCAACUUCUGCUCCCAGUCCAGUGUCUGAUAUCGCUACUGUAGACAUAGGCAUAAAAGACCAUAUGCCAGAAAAGGAAACCUCUAGUCCAAGAGAUGAUUAUAAAUCAACUAUUAAGCAUGAUAAACUUCCCCCACUGGAAACCCUUGUAGAAACAACAACAAGAAGUCAUAUAGUAAAGUCUGUGGAAAGUGCUAUUUCAUUUAUAAUACCAGAAGGCUCUGGAGAUGUAGAAGAGGCAGAUGUUUCUAAAACUUCAGCUAUGGUGACAGAGACUGUAGUUACUGAAAAGAUUUCAGUAGAAGAAACUUUCUUAGGGUCUGGCAAACUGCUGACAACAGAAAUUACUGCCACUGUUUCAGGAACCACAAUUUCUUUGCAUAAGGAAACUAGCACUACUUCUGUUUUUGACCAAAGUUCUGAAGAAACUGCUACCACCACAUCUGUUACUGGGUUGGUUACCGAAAAAGGAGUUAGCAGUGCUACUGGAACAGAAAUGAAAAUGGAGGAAGAUGAAAAAGAAGCACAGAGCACUGCUUCUUCAACUGAGGAACGUUCAUCUACUGUUGAGAUAGGAAAGUUAGUAUUCAGUGAUAAACAGGAAAGCCCUAGUAACAGAAUUGGAAUUGUAGAUCAGGAAUCCACUACUCUCAGCAAAACAAUACCAAUGACAGAUUCCACAUGGCUUGAAAGCAAAGAGUUUACAGCUGCUCCUUUCUCCACAGAGAAAAGCCUUUUUAUAGAUGAAGGAUCUGGGGAAGAACCAACAUACACUAGGAAAACCAUUGGAGACAUAAUUUCAGGGGGUGUCACAAGAAGAGUGGUAAGUACUGAUCCCCCAUUUAUUGAUCUAGGUUCUGGAGAAAGAGAUGUUAUCAUUGAUUCUACUGCCAUUAUUUCAGUUCUAUUGGAGCCUGUGACUACGGACAUUGAAACACAAAUGAAAAAGCAGGAAAGAGAUGUCUACAGCACAGAUACUUCAUCUGUGGAAUAUACAACAACCGUUGAAGCAACAAAGUCAGUGUUAAGUACUGGGUCAGAUGACUCAACUAAAGAAGCUGGAAUAGGAAGGCAGGUAUCUAAGGACAUUUUUAGUACAGGUAAGCUAGGAGAACAAAAACAUGAAACAGAAUCAUAUUAUUUGAUUACAACUCUUCCUUCUCAAGAAAAAUUUUUUCCUCAAUCUAGAAAAGAGAUGACAACUCGUAUUGCAACAGAAGAGCAAACUAAAUACUUAGAAAACUCUGGGGUCACCUCUUCUGUGGAGUCUGUUGUUAAAAUCAUUUCUCCUGACACCAUUGCGACACAUGCUGUCAGCAGUAUAAAGACAGUAACUGAAUCUACAGAAAGUGAAAGUGGAAAAGACAGCUCACCAACUAUCUCAGUAGAGAAUAUUAUCCUUACUGAGGUAGGCUCUGGAGAAGAAUCCAGAGAUGAGAGUGGUACCAUUGUACCAGUGCCAGAUGGUUCUACAGAAAAAGUACUUGGUACUAAUUUUCCAUUAAUUGAUCAGGGUUCUGGAGAAGUGGAUUCUGUCAUUGAGUCUUUUACAAAAACUACAGCUUCACUACAUUCAGCAGAUAGAAGACCAGAAACACAAGCAACAGAAGAUGAAAGAGAAAUUAUCAGUUCACCAUCUGUGGAUUAUUCCUUUGCUGUUGAGUCUGCAAAUUUAGUCAUGAGUACCAAAGAUGAAGUCAGCACAGUUAGAACUGAAAUUGCAAGAAAAGUCAUCACUGAGGUACAGAUAGAAGAGCAAAUGCCUAUUGAAUCCGUAACAAGAAGUUUUGCUAUAAAUCUUCCUUUGGAAGAAGAUAUACAUUCUGAGCAGAAUAUUUCUGUAGAAACUUCACAAAAAGUUGUAGAACCCUCUGGAAUAACAACAAAAUAUCCUGUUAUUAAAAGUACAGAAUCUAUCCUAGAACAACUUGAAAAUUUAGUUGUUCCCACAGUUAGUCCAUAUUCAGAAGAAAAUAAAUUGGAGAUAAUUUCUGGCACUAAAUCUAUUGAUACUACUCUAGUAACUGAGUCCAUAAAACUUGAAAGCAAAGCUAAAUUUACAGAAAAAGAAAAAGACUUGGUACAAAAUAUUUUCCCUACAGAAGACAUUCACGGAUCACUUCUGAUCCCCAAGAGCGACGAGCCAACUAAUAAAGAGAUCAGUAGUGAUUCAUUGUUUUCAGGAGAAGGAUCAGGAGAUGAACUUAUUAGUGUUCCAUCAGUAGAGCCACUGAAUUUUGUGACUAUAAAAGAAAUCACAAGUUCUUUAAGUCCUGAAACAUUUCAUCCUGAAAGUGUGGGACCAAGACUUUCCAUUGACAAAGCCCAAGAAUUUGAAAGUGGUCAGACUGAAUCAAACAAGGAUUCCAGUGAAGAACUCAGGCUAUUCAGUUCUAUAACCGAGGCAGUUUCCAAAACAACAGAGAAAAUGGCCACUAGUACUUCCACUUUAGCUGAAGAAAGUUCUAGGAACUUCAGUAAUAAAGAAGUUACCACAAAAGAGACAUCCCAUUCUUUUUUAAUCACUGAAGACUCUCACAAACAAGAAACUUUUCAUUGGGUAGAAGAAAAUGAAACAUACGGAGCACCAGCUGCUACUGAUCGAGUUGUUACUCAAGAGGAAACUUCAGAAUUGAUGACUAAUGAAAAUAUAACUGCUGCUUCUAUAUUCUUUAAUGGAACUCCUCAUCUUGAAACAGAGGAAGCACUUGCAACAUCAGCACCAAAAAUACCUCCCACACCACUGUAUGAAAGUUCUGGAGAAGGAUCUGGAUGGGUGGACAUUGUGGGGUCAUUUCACCCAGAUGUAUCUACUACCCAUUUGCGAAAUCUGGAAAUAACAGUUGCUCCUCAUGCUCAUGAGGAAAAUUAUUCUGAAGAACUGAGCACAGAGACAGCAUUAAAUGGAUCACAAACUGUUUCAGUGUUAUUUUCCACCCACACAGAAGAAAAAAAGAUCUUACCAAGCCCGACUAGUGUUCAACCAAAGACAUUUACAGGUGAGAGUUUAAUAAAUGCUACAAGGAUAGAAAACAAAGUCCUCCCAAAGCUUGAUGACUUCAGAAAUGUUACAGGGAAUGUUUCUGCUUUUAAUGAGAUCACACUAAUUGAAGUACGACUAGGAAUCACAUCAGAUGAAACAACAAUCAUAGAUGUGGAUCAUUCUAAACAAAUGCAUGAAGAUAUACUAAGUGUGCAGACAACUCCAGAUACAGAGACUCAUUCAAUACAUGGCAAUAAUGAUAGCGUGAAAGUUGAAGUGGAGUAUGAUUUAACAUCUAAACUUUCUACAGCUGAAGAGAAAUCAUAUGGAUCUGGUGAUAAUCUUUCCAUGACUAUUUCCAGUAAGUCAAUAAAUAGUGAAUCAGUAACAGCUGAGAACAGACCCAGAUCAGAUUACAAGGAUUUUGGUUCAGGGGAUGUCAUGCAGUUCACAAUGGAAACUCCCAUCAUUGGUGAAUUCUCUGAACUGGAUAUUUUGCUUCCAACAAUAUCAUCAAUGGCCAGUCCUAGUGUGCCCCCCCGAGUCAGCGAAGAGGCCAAAGAAUCUCCAUUUGAAACUAGACAUGUAGCACCAGAAAAUAAAACAGAAGGCCUCUCCGAAUCAAGUACUUUGUCAGACAACCAAGCGAUAGCAGAUCAAAGUGAAAUAGUCUCUACCUCUGGGUAUUCAGGAAUGGAACAAGAAGAGCCUGAUGAGGGGAAGCCUUUGUUUCCUUCCUUUAGACCUGACUUACCUACUGAGACAGAACAGGCUUUGACAGCAAACAUGUCUGAUGUAAGUAUUGUUACCUCACGACUUGUAACCCAAAACUUAACAGAGUCACCUAAUAUAAGUGAAGUAAAACAUCAUACAGUUUACACAGAAACAAAAACCACUUCAACAGAAUCUGAAGAAACUGAUCCAGCCAAAGUUUUUCCUGUAACUCAAAUGCCAAAAUCUCCAGUAACUGUCCACUUGGUUAAUGAAGUAUCAGAAUACCCUGAAGUAAUCAUUCCAAAUACUUUGUCAUCCCCUGAUUCAGAUGAGUCUAAUCAAACAUCGGGACAAGCCUUCAAAGAAGUUAGUUCUGAUGUUGCAGCAACUUACAAACCACCCACCAAAGUGCUGUCCACUAAAACUGAGUCUCCACUAGACUCUUCUUCUGAACCUGAAUCAGAAAGCACAUCUGUUGAAAGUACUCCUGAUAUUAGUGGACAGAUAACAGACAGAAUAAAGGAGAAAGAAACUUCCAUAAUAGAAUUGAUUACUGAAGAACUAGCAACCAUUUCUGAAGAUCCUCUAUCAAAAUAUGUCGUACCAACAGCUUUUAUACAUUCUGGAGAAACAGUAGACACAGAUAUUCCAGAAGUUAGCACAGAAGAUGAAACCUCUACAGAGAAAGUGAAAGAUCUCAAUCAAGUAGAUGAAAGCAGCACUGAGGGAGCUUUGCCAAGGCUAUACACCACACCAGCUUCAGUGCCACAUGAAAGUAUAGCAGGUGGAAUAGUUAAGCCUGGCCAGGCAACUGUUACAAUGUUAUCUUCAUCUUCACCAUCUCUGGAUAUAAGCCUGGAGGAACAAACAACUGUGGUAGUACAGAAGCAGUCCACAACAAUUUCUUCUGACAUUGCAACAAAAAUUACAGCCCCUGAAAACAUUCCUGAGUAUAAUAAACAGACAACAAUAAGCACAGAGGACAUAAGCACUACUGAACUUGCAACUUCAUCAUUUUUCCUUCUGGACAUUACUAAUGGAUCAGAUUUCCUGAUUGGCAACAGUGGAGAUUCAGUUGAAGGCACAGCAGUCCAAAUACCAGGUCAAGAUCCCUGCAAAAGUAAUCCCUGCCUUCAUGGGGGCACCUGUUAUCCACGUGGCUCUUACUACAUCUGCACAUGUAUGCCAGGUUUCAGUGGCGAGCAGUGUGAAUUGGAUGUUGAUGAAUGCCAGUCGAAUCCUUGCCGGAAUGGAGCCACAUGUAUUGAUGGUCUCAAUCUAUUUACUUGUCUCUGUCUGCCAAGUUAUGCAGGUUCUCUUUGCGAACAAGAUACAGAGACUUGUGAUUACGGUUGGCACAAGUUCCAAGGGCAAUGCUACAAAUACUUUGCCCAUCGCCGCACAUGGGAUGCAGCUGAAAGAGAAUGUCGUCUCCAGGGAGCCCACCUGACAAGCAUCUUGUCUCAUGAAGAGCAGAUAUUUGUGAACCGUGUUGGGCAUGACUACCAGUGGAUUGGCCUCAAUGAUAAGAUGUUUGAGCAUGACUUCCGCUGGACUGAUGGCAGCACACUGCAAUAUGAAAACUGGCGACCUAACCAGCCAGACAGUUUCUUUUCCGCUGGAGAAGACUGUGUUGUUAUAAUUUGGCAUGAGAAUGGCCAAUGGAAUGAUGUGCCAUGCAAUUAUCACCUCACAUAUACCUGCAAGAAAGGAACAGUUGCCUGUGGUCAGCCUCCUGUUGUAGAAAAUGCAAAGACUUUUGGGAAGAUGAAGCCUCGCUAUGAAAUCAACUCCCUGAUUAGAUACCAUUGCAAAGAUGGUUUCAUCCAGCGCCAUAUUCCAACUAUCCGGUGUCAAGGGAAUGGAAGAUGGGAUAUGCCUAAAAUCACCUGCAUGAAUCCAUCCACAUUCCAAAGGACUUAUUCUAAGAAAUAUUACUAUAAACAUCCUUCCCCAGGAAAGGGAACUUUGUUAAAUUCAUCAAAACAUUAUCACCGCUGGAUCAGGACGUGGCAGGAUUCAAGGCGCUGAAUGCUAAAUGGUGAAUGGGGAUUUUCACCAUUUCAGCCAAAGUCCUAACUUACUGUGCCUUUUCUAUCACUUCUAGAAGUAUUAUCAAAUUGUUUGGAACUAUGGACUCCAGAAUUCACAACACAUUUUGCAAAAAUGUUGGGGUUUAUCAGCAAAUUCAAAAAUAAAAAUAUGAGGAACCAUUUCCAGCCAAUCAGAAAUGUUAGUUUUCUAUAUGCCACCAGUGGGGACCAUUUUAUAACAUAUACCAGCCUACUGCAAUAUUUAAACAGCUCAAUUUUAGCACCAAUGAAAAUGUAAAUAAGAUGAUUUUAUUAUGUUUAAUUGUGUGUUGUUUUUAAAAUCCUGUAUAUAAAAUGAAAAGUCACACUAAGUUCAGGCAUAUUUAUGGUUAUAUGGCCUCAGAGGUCUGUAAUCAUUGAUUUCCUUAUUUGUCUGUUGUUCACCUAGGUUGGAGAUGGUUUAAAUAUAAUUGUAUUGACUGAAAACUGCCAGAUGAAGAUAAACACACAAGUUACAUGUAAUUUUUUUUUUUUUGAAACUCUGCCAUUUCCCAUCAGAGGAACAGUUUUUGUCCAUGUGAUACAAAACAUAAAGUGAGAUCAAGCCUGAAUUAGGGACUGCAAUGUGGAACUUUUCCUGCUCUCCAUUCCAGCUUCAUCACUGGUGAGAAAGGACUGCAUGGAGGACUUGUAUAAGGCAAAGGAGGCCUGUAAGAGUCAAAGUGCUAAUACAUUAACUCUCUCAACCAGGGUUACUUUCUUAAAUGACUUUCACAAUACUAACCAUAGGUCUAUGUUACAGGUCUCUGCAUUUUAUAAUGGAAGUAGACCUAGGGUUGGUUUUUUGGGGUGUUUUUUUUUUAACAAACAAAAAAAAAGUCAAAAAAGUAAAUAAUUUUGUAUAUAUAACCAUUUUUAAUCUUUUUUAUAAAGUAAUGAAUGUUUGUGUAUGAAUGCUGCAGCUGUGAAGCGUACAUAAAUAAAUGAAGUAAGCCAUACUGAUUUAACUUAUUGGAUGUUAUUUUACCAAUGCAAAGAAAAUUGAAAGAGCUUGGUAGUUCAGUGUUAGCCCCUGAGCUCCCCGGAUGCAUUUGGAACCAUAUUUCAGUUCAGCUGCUAUUUCCCUGGUGUACUAAAUUCCUAGCAAACAGGAUCACUUGUUUGUGAUGAAAUGGGUGACUUGUAGAAGAAUCAGCAUGUUGGCUAUCUAAAAAGAAAUGCACAAAAAGAUUAUAGAUCAUAGUGAAUGCAGUGUGCAUGUAGGACUUCUUUAUUUUGAUUGUUUUAUUUUACUCUGACCCAUUCAGCUCAUCAUUGUCCUGGACAUGUAUAGUAAGGUAGUAUUUAAAAUAAGCUCUCCACAGCAAGGACCAUGUCAAUUUGGUUGCUUCAGCAAAGCACACUUUGGGGCUGUGUAAAAAAAAAAAACAAAAACCCUCUGAUACACCUUCUAAAAUAAUAAUAUAAAGACAGGUCGAUGCCUAUAAUAUUGAUGUAGGCAAAAAUUAUGGAGAGAGAAGCAAGCAAAAGAAAAAAAGUGAAAAUCCAGCUAACAUGUAGGAGUUUGUAUCCUAUUGGACUCUCCAUAAAGUAAACCUUCUAUGGCUUCUCUGCAAAUACAGUAGCUACAAUUGCAAAUGGUGUCUUUAAGAAAUUCCAUUGACUGCUAAACCAAGUGGAACCUAACCUUUGAGUGUUCUUGACUGCAGUACUGCACUGCAAUGACUUGUACAUUUUUCCCCUCUACUGCACACGUACUGCUUUUCUCUAUUUAUAUUAUAACUUGUAUAGUGUAUAAUGUGAAUGUCUGUUUUUUUGUGAAUGAAAGUUAAAAUCUUUGUAACUUUAAUAUCUGCUUCUGUUUCACCAAAGAAACAAGGUUUUGCUAUACUGUGACUUGUCUUGUUAUUGCAUGUCUUCCACUUUAAAUCUAUGCAAUGUGAUAUUUUACAUAUGAAUAGGGUGAUCAUGUGCUAGGCUGUUUGUAUUCAACGUUAUUUCAAAGGUACUAUGGGCCCGAUCCAAUACCAACUGAAGUUAAAGGGAGUCUUUUGAUUGAACUUUAAUAGGGUUUGGAUUAGAUUUUAGAUAAGUAGCUGUACAGGAUUUUUGGACUGUGUUUUAAAAUAUAGAGCAAGAUUAUUACUUGUGUAAAUCAAGGCUCUGUUCACAAUAUAGAGUAUACUAUACAUCAUUUCAUUGUGCAAACACAUACAGAUCAUAGAAUAGGUUUUAGCAUUCUGUCAAUUUUCUUACAAUAUGUACAAAUCUGUUGUAUAAAUCUGUUGUUUUACUUGUUUGCUUUUUGAUUUAAAUAAUAUUGUAAGCCAUUCAGAUACCAUGGUGAUUGUAGUUUAAAUAAGUUAGGUAUAGCGCUUAUGUUGACUCUUUCCAUUUCUGCCUCUGUCGCUCAUAAUAAAAUAGGACUGACAACUUUCCUUAUUAAAAACAAA